UAGCAUUAGUUUCCGUUGUACUAAGUCGAGAAACAACACACACUGAGCAAACACUACUCGGAAAUAAAAUGUCGAAAUCCACCGUGAGUAAUGUAAAUAAAGUGUCACUUAAAAGUAGGCAGAUACGUAAGAAAAGAAAAACAGUGAUUCAUGUACCGGGUUUGUCCAAAAGCGAGUGCCUCUGUGAGCCCCCAGCAGACACCAAUGUUAAUCAAAAUGACGAGGAAGAUGCGCACAUCACUGUCCCCGAAUGGCGAUUACAUAAAGUCCAAUCUCCCAUUGUCCUCAAACAUGACGAAACCAAUCAAUACGACCACUUCGAGCCUUUGGAAUUCCACGGCCAUUGGGACGAAGGCGGCGACGCCACGUUAAGCAACAAUGGAUUUACCGCUACGCUUCGCUUCCAAAAUCGCGAACCCCCAGUACUACUCGGCGGCCCGCUCCACGACGACCAGUAUGUUUUCGAACAAUUGCACUUCCACUGGGGCGGCGACGACCACAGCGGAUGUGAGCACAUUUUCGAAGGACAAGCGUACUCGAUGGAAGCGCAUGCAGUUCAUUUCAACAAAAAGUACGCCAGUUUCAAGGCCGCGGCGGACAAGCACGACGGACUGGCGGUGGUUGCGUUCUUCUUGAAGGCGACUGAUGACGAUGAACAUCCGUGUUUUAAUAAGAUGACGGAGGCGGUGAAGAAGAUCGUCAAAGUUGACAGCACGACGAGCGUACCGAGUGACUGUCUGACUUGGAUCAAGGAGGAGGCGCAGUGUAAAGGGUACUACACGUACCAAGGGUCGUUAACCACGGAGCCGUACACCGAGAGCGUCACGUGGAUUCUUUACACCACGCCGAUACACGUGUCCAGGCAGCAGGUUUCAGAAUUCCGGAAUAUGAAAUCGACAGCUUGCGAGCAACACAACAUCGUUAAAAACGUACGACCAAUCCAGACACCCCCAGUCCAUAAAAAACUUGAUAUCAUCUACGCCAGAUCGCACCGAAAAUCCAGCGAAUAAAAUUUCGCUACUUAUCUAUAUUUACAAUAAAACACAAGUUUUUAUUUAUUUAUUACAGCUGUAAAAAAUAUGAUGAAAUACAUAUAAAACAAUAAACACUAUACCCUGUUUA